CUCUAUGUCGAUAAUAUGGUGUUAAGUGAAUAUGGUCGUGUCUACGCCCCUCUGCAACUACAACUGAAAACAUAUUUAAGUUGAUGCCAUGCUCGACACUUCAUCAUUUUCCGUCUGUCUCUCGUCCGAUAAGUUUCUACCAAACUUUAAACUGAAAACUGUGAAAGUGCAUUUUUUACUAUUUUACUUUUUUAAACUCUGCUGAUUUAUCUUACCAACACAUUUAUUGUUUGUGAAUUGAAUAUUUUGUGCUAAAAAUGGGAAUUAGUGAAAUUGUUGAUCAAACACGCCGUCACCGCACUGCAUUUACAAGAAAGCAAUUGGGUUGUUUGGAGAAAGAAUUCGAUAAGCAGAAUUAUGUGUCACGAUCACGUCGUUGUGAAUUGGCUAAUCAACUGGACCUUCCUGAGUCGACAAUCAAGAUUUGGUUCCAAAAUCGUCGUAUGAAGGAUAAACACCAACGAAUGACAAUAAAUUGGCCGUAUGCGGCGGUUUACAACGAUCCAACAUUUGCUGCUUCAUUACUUCAGGUGGCGGCUAGUUCAGUUGGUAUGUCAUAUUACGCGCCAAUGAUGUCGCAGAUACCUUUUCCGACACAAAUUACAUCGGCUACUACGAAUCCAUAUGCAUGGUAUUCGCCAUACCACAUGCAACAUCGAAACUACCCAACCAGUGAUCCAACUUUCACGGCAAUGCCUUCAAAUGUGUCAACGUAUUUAAAUGAAGAUUUUAGAUUUGGCCUAAAUAAUACACUGUCACUAGCACAUAUGUCAGAAACGAAUUCUCUGUCAUAUUCAUCCAAAAAAAUUGAUCAUCCAACUGUGGACUCGAAGAAAAUAGUGAAAUCCGAAAAGACAAACAUUUUUAAGCCGUACAAAUUGGAGUGUUGA